UUCUGACGCGUUUUUUUUUUCCGGCGCAGCACGUUCGAUCCCGGACAGUGCGUAUCCGGGUGUGAUCCCAUUUUGCAACGGAUCUGUUCUGUCGCCGUCGAUGAUCUAUGGCUUUUGUCAUUGAUGUUCCAUGGCAUGCGUGCGUUUGCUGAUCGUGAUUGAUGUUCCCUUUUUUUUCUUCCAUCAUAAAAAACACCGAAAUUCUAUUUUCGCAAAAAAUAUAUACAACCUAGCACAAGUCUCUACCUUAUCGGAAAGUUUUGUGGACCGUGGUCUUUGCACUCCGGGCUACAACUCACACAUCGAUCGUUUUCGGAAGAUGAAUCGUUUGAGUUCCGUACUCGUCGGCGGCGCCGCCGCCGAGGUGUUCUUCAGCGACACCUUCAGCGACAUGUCGAAGUGGACCGCGUCCACGUGGAAAUCGGACUCGGAGAUGGGAACCUUCGAGAUCAAAGCCGGCAAGUGGUCCGCCGAUGAGGAGGAGGACAAGGCGCUCGCGACCACGCAGGACGCCCGCUUCUACGGCGCCAGCGCCAGCUUCGAACCCUUCUCAAACAAGGGCAAGACGCUCAUCGUGCAGUACCAGGCCAAGUACGACAAGGACAUCGAGUGUGGCGGCGGUUACAUCAAGCUAGGUACUAUGUAUACACAAUUUUUUUUGUCCUGUCAGAAGUGUCUCUGCUUUGGUGUAUGUGUACACGAUUUUGACAUCAGCCAGGUAGCGCGAUGCACUAGACUUGACACGACACAAAACUAUGAAACGAAUUAUACAGGACCAAAGAUGGAGGACGCGACGAAGUUUGGCGACCCAACCGUAUACAACAUCAUGUUCGGGCCCGACAAGUGCGGCUACAACAAGCGAACACACCUGAUCUUCAGCUACAAGGGUAAGGAAGUAAGUAAGUAACUGUCGUGGUAUUAACAUGUGUCAUUUAUUGACAUGCAGGGAAAUACAACUCCAGUUGUAAGGAUGAACGCGACGAGAUAGAGGUCGAACAGAGCUGCGUCCCUCGGGCCAGCUAGGAAGACAAACUCGUAUAAUUUGCUUCUGACAAGCACGAGUUGUGAAGCAGGUGGCAGGAAGGCUUGCCUCUCAUGAUCAUGACGAGAAUCCUACCAGAAGAUCGAAGUCGGACGGAGGCCCUCCCUGUGAGGGGGCACUGUCGAGACACUACCGCUGGUCUCUGAUAUUGACACUCUUUUCAGUUAGGUAUCUUACAAGACAACAAAGUUCGACGUCGGACGGAGGCUCCAUUUUUCCAGUGGAGCGCUGUCGACACUACUCUGACUCAACAAUUCACUACCGGGUUGUUUGAAAUACAAUCCAGUAAACUAGGGAGAGAACAAGCGAAGGACUGUCCUUCGCUUGUUCUCUCCGACAUGUGAAAUGUGAAAAACAUCAAUAGAUAAUUCGCUUCCUCCUCAGGUAAGAACGUUUUGAAGACUAGCGACCUUCCGUACAAGCAGGAUAAGGACGGAGUUACGAACCUGUACCGACUGGUUGUUAAGCCGGAUAACACGGUAAAAGUCCUCGUCGACAAGCAGGAAAUCUACAGCGGCGAGCUCGAGAAAGACUGGGACUUGCUUCCCGCCAAGGAAAUCAAUGACCCGGAGGACAAAAAGCCCGCCGACUGGGUACUUGUUAUGAUUCGCAAACCUAAUCUGAUUGCGUUGCUGUGCUCUGGGUUGAAGGUCUGAAGAUUGAUAGAGUUGUAGGUCUAUGGCACCUCAUUCGUCGACAACGCCGCAACUACUUAACUCUUCUAUUAGGGCUGAUUCCAUUCAUUGAAUUUGAAACCUUCAGGUUGACGAGGAGUUCAUGGAUGACCCGGAAGACAAGAAGCCGGAGGACUGGGUCGAAGAAGCCGAGAUCGAGGACCCGGAUGCAAAAAAGCCAGAGGUGAUUUUUCAUUCAUCUAUUUACAUGCUUGUGCAACUGAUUAUCUCACGGGUUGCUGCUGUUACAGUUAUUUCGGGGUCCGGCGAUACAUACCGAGCGUACAACUUGACCGUGCGUAGGGGCACGCGUAGGUCGAAGUGCAGCGUAGUCUUCGAUGAAAAAACUUCACACACAGGACUGGGAUGCUGAGGAGGAUGGCGAGUGGGAGGCACCGAAGAAGGCCAACCCGGACUACAAGGGCGAGUGGAAGCCAAAGCGCAUCAAGAACCCGGAAUACAAGGGCGUAUGGGCCCCCAAGAAGAUUGCGAACCCAGAGUAUGAGGCCAACGAUUCCCUGUACGCCUACGACGAGUUUGCGUUCGUUGGCUUUGACCUCUGGCAAGUGAAAGGUACUAUCAAUUCUUCUCUGCAUAAUUGUUGGUUCUUGUAUCACAACUUCAGUGCUAGGACAAAGCACAAUAGCGUGACUUUUUGUGUUGAGCAGCAUCGCUGCAUUUCCCGCUUAGUCGUGCGGAUUGUUUUCCAGCAACAUGAAGAUGAUCAACAAACCGCAUUGAUUCAUUCACACAGCUGGCUCCUUCUUCGACAACUUGAUCAUCACGGACGACGAGGCUGAGGCUGACAAGUUCGCGGAAAAGUGGGAAGCGUUGAACAAGGUGGAGCUCGAGAAGAAGAAGGAGUCCGAGACCACGACCACCACACCAGCACCGGCUGAAGACGAUGACGGCGACAUCGAUGCGGACGAUGACAAGGACGACGACGAAAUCUAGAUCGUGUUCCUCGGAUUCGUCGGAUGCCCGAGAGAGAAGCACCUCACAAUUAAUGACUCUACUUUGAGUGGCGAACUACAUGCUCCUGUGAGCAAGCAACUGAUACGAAGUACUGUUUGCGUAGGGGACGGCCGUCAACAGAAGUCCUUUCUGUAGUUGAUAAUUCUCACUCUGCUUUCUACCAUCGGAAGAUUAUACCAAUGUCCUUCGAGCUACGAAGUUGUCGUGUCUCACCUAAUGUACACCAGCUGCGCGACUCAUGCGAUGGGAGCUCGAGCGCUACUGCUUUUUUGCUGUACUGGCACACUAGAUAAAAGACGGCAGCGAGAAAUGCGAACAACAACAAGUGUACUUGAAUCAAUCAGAUCUGGUCUCAGAUGGUUCUUCCGUAUGGAGGUGACCUGCGAGCUGUGACAUGGAUCAAGAGACUGUAUUGUGCGUGAAAUUUCGACGAGCAGCACCCAAAAGCAAAACAAGAAUCGAAGCCGCCUCCGAGUCGUGUGAUGACGUGGUGCGUGCUGGCGUCACGGUCGAUUAAGGCAGCUGCUUUGUCUCGCGCGGAUGGAAGAAUAC